AGGACCAAACCCGCAACUACCCGUUCUACCCUCCUUAAUCAAAACUAUUAUAUCGCAAUGAGAGAAAUUAUCCAUUUGUCUACCGGCCAAUGUGGUAACCAAAUUGGUGCUGCUUUCUGGCAAACCAUCUGUGGAGAGCACGGUCUCGACAACGACGGUAACUACCACGGUGACCAGGAGAUCCAAAAGUCCCGUUUGAGUGUCUACUUUAACGAGGCCAACUCUGGUAAGUACGUUCCGCGUGCCGUUAUGGUCGAUUUGGAGCCAGGCGCUAUCGACUCUGUCAAGGCCUCCACCAUCGGUAACUUGUUCAGACCAGACAACUUCGUGUUCGGCCAGUCCUCCGCCGGUAAUGUUUGGGCCAAGGGCCACUACACCGAAGGUGCCGAGUUGGUGGAUUCCGUCAUGGACGUUGUCAGAAGAGAAGCCGAAGGCUGUGACUCCUUGCAGGGCUUCCAAAUCACCCACUCCUUGGGUGGUGGUACCGGUUCCGGCAUGGGUACCUUGUUGAUCUCCAAGAUCAGAGAGGAGUUCCCAGACAGAAUGAUGGCCACCUUCUCCGUUGUUCCAUCGCCAAAGGUCUCUGAUGCUGUUGUGGAACCGUACAACGCCACCUUGUCUGUCCACCAAUUGGUUGAAAAUGCGGACGAAACCUUCUGUAUCGACAACGAAGCCUUGUACGACAUCUGCCUGAAGACCUUGAAGUUGGAUCAGCCAAGCUUCGACCAGUUGAACCACUUGGUUUCGUCUGUCAUGUCUGGUGUCACCACCUCCUUGCGUUACCCUGGCCAAUUGAACUCUGACUUGAGAAAGUUGGCUGUCAACUUGGUGCCAUUCCCACGUCUUCACUUCUUCAUGGUGGGCUACGCUCCAUUGACCUCCUUAGGCUCCCAGUCGUUCCGCUCCUUGACGGUCCCAGAGUUGACCCAGCAGAUGUUUGACGCCAAGAACAUGAUGGCUGCCGCCGACCCACGUAACGGGCGCUACUUGACCGUUGCCGCCUUUUUCCGUGGUAACGUUUCGGUCAGAGAGGUUGAGGACGAGAUGCACAAGGUCCAGACCAGAAACUCCGCCUACUUUGUCGAGUGGAUUCCAAACAACGUGCAAACCGCCGUCUGUUCCGUUCCGCCAAAGGGCUUAGACAUGUCUGCCACCUUUAUUGGUAACUCCACUUCUAUCCAAGAGUUGUUUAAGCGUGUCGGUGACCAGUUCAGCGCCAUGUUCAGAAGAAAGGCUUUCUUGCAUUGGUACACCUCUGAGGGUAUGGACGAGAUGGAAUUCACCGAAGCCGAGUCCAAUAUGAACGAUUUGGUUAGUGAGUACCAACAGUACCAGGAAGCCGGUGUGGACGAUGAAGAGGAGUUGGACUACGCCGAUGAGGCUCCGCUUGAAGACAUGGAGUAAGCGACUGUCAUAUAUACCCACCUACAAAUAGGAAGAGCCACCGAUGUCUUGGGUACUCUACGAGCCACUACUCCACUGAUCGUUAGGCUCGUCUCAACUCCUGGUAUAGACUAGUGUUUUCUUCGUGUCUGUUUUUUUUUUCUCUUCU